GCCCAACAUCUUCGACCCCUCCCGCUGCCACGACUGCCUGCGUCAGAGGCGCCUGCACGCCGCAGAGACGCCGCAGGGACCCACAGCUGAGGCUGAGGCUGGGAAAGACACUGGGAUCGGAUCAGCCAAAGGAGUGCUGCUAACACCCAUCCCAUCGCAGGCGGAGGAAAGGGACACCAGCAGCAAGGUAAGGAAGAAGAGAGAUGAACACGUAGGUAACCAGGUAACAGAAUGGUUGGAGUGGGAACACGAGAAGAACGUGUGCUGAGUGAUGGGAUUAGAUGAGAGCAUUGGAAGUCACGAAUGAAGUAGAAUAUCUGCAUGUUGUACGCUUGUUUAAGGAGAAAUAAUGAACUGUGAGAUUAGAAACCUUGUAGAUUAGAAAUGGCAUAACAAAGUUUCAUGAUAUUAUUCAGAAUAAUCUGUUUUCACAACUUGUCACUUGAUUCAAAAUUCAGGGGUUCUGUGUUUGGAAAGAAAUCAGGUGCCUUCUGAAUCAACACAAUGCAACACGGCCUUCAUGUGGAGUUCAUGAGGUCGCGCGUGAGACUUGUUGCUUUUGACUAAAUGGAGAAAAGGUCAGACAGCAGAAUGAGAGGCAGGCGUGAGGAGCAGCGUGGAAGCUGUGGCUCCAAUGAUGUAUUAAUGAAGGUGGAUCACUUACUGCCCUCUUGGGAAUCAGUUGUUGUAUUAGACAGAACACAGAAACACAGAAAGAACGGUUUCUAUAAAGUAUUAGUAGUUUACCCUUCUAGCACGUUACUUCUGAGGAGAUCUGGUUACAGUAUUUGAGCCCACUGUGGGUCAGGAGGUGUACCAGUGUCACUUUAUGACAUUUACAGACAUUGAGGUCACAGCUUUGGAUCCUUUCUAAGACUUGUUAAGACUCAGAGGUUUUAUGGCAAGAAAGAAAAAAGCAGUGAAAUAUUAAUGAGGAGAGCCGGGUCGAGUUACAGAGGUGUAACCCUAAUCAGCGAGGACAGAGGGGAACGUCACUCUCUGAAGCCCCGUGAUUGGCCCGCGCCUCACCCUGACAUCCUAUCAGGAGGACUCUGACGGCGUGUCGGUCGUGAGCAGCUACUGUGACGUCACCGGAGGCCGGGUGGGUUGUAGGGAGAGCUCUUUGUGCAUCCUGUGCCCCGGCGGUGAGCUUCAUAUCUGUGACGACAACGGAGAGAGCACCGACAGGUAGGACAGCACCGCGCCACGUUCCAUUGUUCAGACGGACCCUCAACGGUCGAGUUGCAUGAUUCACGUUCCGUCUUGAGGUUUUCUCUCCUCACUCGGCUCGUAGCUUUCCUCCCUCCGCUUGACUUCUCAUCUUUCCACCUCUGCUCUCGUGAUCCAGCUGUCACGACCGAAGACACUACCAGGAGUCCAGCGGCUCCGUCAGCACAGAAGACGACUACUCGCCGAUCGGAGGGCGUUCGGCCGAGCUCGCCAUGACCCGGCUCGACCCUCCACCCCAUCGGCCCAGCCCUCGGGCCUGGAUGGAUGAAGCUCGGAGCGGAGACAGUUUCAGGGGUCAAUCAGGGUUAAAAGAAGACCCGCAGAGGCGAGAAAGUGGGUACUUCUCCCCGGGGAGGGCAGCGGGUGUCCAUUCACUACGUGAUAAAGGGCCGCCUGCUCCGUUCCGCCAUUUUGAGAGAGGACAUCCUAUCUUCAGCAGCAGAAGUGUAGAGCCCAAAGACACCGUCCCUUUCAGAAACCCUAACCUCGGCGUGGCGUCUGAAAGGCAAGCCGCGGAGGGUCCAAAUGAUGACUUGUCUUUGGAAAUUGCGCCUCCGGGCCACUAUGAAAAUGCCGUUGAAGUGGAGGCUCGGGUCGGCCCCCGUUCUCCGAGUCCUACUCCUUUUAAGAUAGCGGAGUCGCUGGCCUCAAAGGGACGAAAAGCUUUCAGCAGUUCGUAUGGUCGGGGAAACCCGUGUGCUGAUGCCUCCACCGAUCAUCAGUCAGGACGCUUUGGAUCCUCCAGGCAAGGCUCCACUCUGCCAUCCCGUUCUUCUUCUCCUUCUCGUGGAGAGCUACCGUUCAGACGCAGCGAGUCGGCUUCUAUCGGCAGGCAUAACUUUGAUGGUGGAGGGUGGUCUCAUAGGACGGAGCCAGGAUCCAGAAGCUCCACGCAAAGCUCCCACGGUCGACGCCUCGAGUCGGGAACUCUGCCAAGAAACUUUAAAUCAUCUACAGUUUUGGUCAAACCCCAGAUCAGCGCGCUUUCUGAUUUCCGGAGUGCCUUGAGGAGAACUGAAGUAAACGGGUCGUCAAGCUUUCGGGGGCGUGAGAGCAGGAGCUCGUCUCCCACGAGGAGGGACCACAACCCUUCAGGCCAAAUUUCUUUCCGCAAAACAGAAAUCACCAGUGGUUCCUCUCAUGGAUGCCGGAGCAACCCUCGGACUUCGUCUCCAUCGAGGAGAACGUCCGAGAGUCAGAGAUACUCGCCGCCCCGGAGAAAUUACAGCUCGUCUAACCAGCCCACCCUUCAAAAAUCAGAAUCAACUCUGUCUCUAAGCGGAGGUGGUCACCACGGACGCUGUGGCUCCCCCAUAAGAGAAGGCUACGAUGUUGGCAGCCAGGCUCAGCUGCAUAGCACAUCAGCUAAGAACGGAGUGAAUGACCAGGAACAUGAGCGCCCCAUCGUGACCACAUCUAGGCGAGGUUACGCCACAAGUCCGUCACUUCUCCGCGAGGCCGAGUCAACCGCUGUGGCUGGCAGUGGACUUCGUGCCGGCCGUUGUUCCCCUCAAGGAAGGAGAGGCAAUGAAAGCCCUACUCCAUAUCAGCUUAAGAAAACCAGUAGUUCUUUACACAGCCGUGGUCGUGAGAGUCGCACCUCCUCGCCUUCGAGGAGAACCAAUGAAGCUCCUUCUCGGUCCCUGCAGCGCAAGUCCGAGGCAAACAGUUCCAUCCGAAGUCAUGAGAGCCCAUAUCUGUUGCCCUCAAGAAAAAGCUAUGACGCUCCUGAUCAGCGCUCACAGCGAAAAGAAGAUACUGGCUCCUCCCUAAACACCAAGAACCAUAACAGCCGCAGCUCCUCUCCUGAUAGAAAAGAAAGCAGUGACCUGCCAGGCUACUCCAUCCUCAGACUGUCCACCAACGGAGAUUCCAACCAUUCCCCCCAGAGAAAAAAACCCUCCCACGACUCUAAAUCGGAUGCCAAUCGCUCCCCCCGGGGGUCGACUCCUUCGCUCCGCAGCUCCUCGUGGUCUCGUGCUGCUUCACCCUCCAGACACACCACCCAUGGCGGCAGAACAGCAUCCGUCACCUUGGAAACACCCGGGAGCCCCGGCAGCGUCAGGUCUGGGGUCGGAAGGUGCAGUCAUGUCCAUCGUUGCCCCUCCCCUAAUGACAAGAGGCCCCCCCACCGCGCACGGAGCCCUUCUCCUUCACCUCAGAUUCAACUGAGGAAGCACACCUCCUCCCAGAGCUCCAUGGAGUCCUCGGAGUCGGUGGGGUCCGCUGGACGGAACAGGGAGGAGUACGCCACGCUGGCCGACGUGCCGAAGGUCAAAAGGAUCCAUCACAGAGAGGAGCCGGGGCACGUGGGUCGCCUUCAGAACCAGCUGCCGUCUCGGAGACAGGAGCUCUUUAAGCCAGCCAGCCACUCCCUGAGCAAGCAUCCCUCCAGAGAGUGGGAAGAUGCCGGGGACACGGAGAGAGACCGGCACUACGGGGGCAGUGGGUUUCUAUCUCGAGCCCACUCCUCCACCUCAUUGCAGAGGUCUGGCAGUCCCACAGCAGAUGAGGGCAGUAACCAGCUCAGACCAGAACACAUGCAGCCAGGAAAAUAUGACAAAUGA